GGAGAAUGACUGCUGGCUGAACUCCGGCGCGCAAAAAAUGGUGCGUUUACCCGUUUCUGUGUGGAGAGGAGCUCCAAAAUGUUGAUUUUGGUGAGUGACUUUUGACACGGAAAUAUGUAGAGAACUUCGCCCCUCAAACCAAAGAGCUAGAAGCCAUGCGUAAAGGAGGAAUGGGUCGCCAAAACACCGCAGCUCGGCCGCUGCGGACGCUCGUCCUGUCGCUGCUUUGCGCGCAGUCGCUCGGGCAGGUGUUCAACCUGACGCUGUCGGUCAAAGAGGGCCUGCCCGCGAAAACCAUCGUCGGAGACCUGGGAGCGGGGCUGAGCAGGCCGAGCACCGGGUUCUUCAUCUCGGAGAGCAGAGACUCGUACGUGUUCAGAGACCUGGAGAUAGACGCGGACACGGGGAUCAUCUCCACCGCGGUGGUCCUGGACAGAGAGAGCAGAGAGAGGUACGAGUUCGUGGCCGCCACUCUCACGGGCGAGAUGAUCAGAGUGAAAAUAGAGGUGAAGGAUGUGAACGACCACUCACCUGUGUUCCCCUCAGAGGAGGUGGACUUGGAGAUAUCAGAGCUGAGUCCCCCUGGGAGCCGGUUUCAGCUUGAGGGAGCUAAAGAUGAGGAUGAGGGUGAGUUUGGUACCCGGGGAUACAGGAUCACUGAGAGUGAGAUGGGGGAACUGUUCCGCCUGGAGUACAGGAGUGGAUCUGAGAGCCACCCGAGCCUGGAUCUCAUCCUCACCAGCAAACUGGACCGUGAAACACAGGCCUUCUACUCCCUGACCAUCGAGGCCUUCGACGGUGGCAUCCCAGCCAGGACGGGGAGGCGUCAGGUGAACAUCCACGUCCUGGAUGAGAACGACAACCCUCCCGUGUUCAACCAGACUGAGUAUCACACCUCGCUGCUGGAGGACGCCCCCCUGAUGUCCUCCGUGUGUCAGGUGCACGCCUACGACCUCGACCUGGGCGACAACGGCCGAGUAACAUAUGAGAUCAACAGGCGGCAGAGUGACCCCAACGAGGUUUUCUCCAUCAACCGGACCAGUGGGGUGGUGUACCUCAACAAGCCGCUCGACUACGAGGCCCAAGCUUUCCACGAGUUGAUCGUCAGCGCGAGGGACGGCGGGGCUCAGCCGGAGCACAGCAGCACCUUCGUGGGUGUGAAGGUGCUGAACAUCAACGACAACAGUCCCAUCAUCAGCGUGCUGUUUCUCAGUGAAACAGGAGAUGCUGUGGUGUCAGAGGCGGCCGGGGUCGGGGACUACGUUGCUCGGAUCUCGGUGUCAGAUCCUGACUUUGAGGAGGAGAGGGUCACUGUCACGCUGGAGGGAGGUGAUGACAAGUUCGCCCUGAAGCAGACGGACGACUUCCUGUAUGCUUUGUGCGUCAACGGAGAGCUCGACAGGGAAGAGCAGGACCUGUAUGAGCUGAAGGUGCAGGCAUCAGAUUUUGGGAACCCGCCCCUGAGCAGCGAGGCGGUCCUCCUCCUGAAGGUGACCGACACCAAUGACUGCUCCCCAGUUUUUGAGAAGGAUGUGUACAUCGUCAGCAUCUCCGAGGACGCUCCUCGGGGGAGCUCCCUCGUCCAGAUUCAGGCCCGAGACGCAGACGAGGGCGUCAACUCAGACGUCAGAUACUCCAUCCUCAAGUCCAACCAGGACAGCCUGAUCAGCAUGGACCCGGAGUCGGGCCUGGUCACGACAGCUGCGGCUCUGGACAGAGAGACUCAGAUGGAGGUUUGGUUCCUGGUGGUGGCGGCUGACGGAGGGGACCCGGCUCUGUCAUCCACGGCCACCGUCACUGUGCUGGUGGAGGAUGUGAACGACAACGAGCCAGUGUUCCAGCAUCAGCUGUACAACGUGUCCAUACCAGAGCACAGUGACAUUGGGAGCUGCUUUUUGCAAGUUGUUGCCACAGAUGCAGACAGCCCCGAGUUCGGCACGCUGCUCUUCUCUCUGUCGGACGGCUUCGACACGCAGGACAAACACCCUCUGUUCAAAAUCCACCCGCAGACCGGACAGCUGUGUGUCUCUGAGGACAUCGAUCGAGACUCGGGACAGACGGUCUACGACAUCCUCAUCAAAGCUGAAGAUCCAGGAGGCCUGAGCGCUCAGACCUACGUGCACAUUGAGGUGGAGGACCUGAACGACAACGCUCCAGUGUUCAACCCUGACCAGUACGCCAUGAGCAUCAGCAGCCACGCGCAGCCCGGCACAGAGAUCCUCAACGUUAUCGCCACCGACCGAGACUCCGGCAGGUUCGGACAGGUCACCUACGACGUGGUUCCUGGUGACAUGUCCAGUUUGUUUGCUCUGGAUAAACAAACAGGAAUGCUCUUCCUGACGUCUACUCUGACCCACCUGGGUGCAGCCAGCGUGAAGCUCUCAAUCACAGCGCAGGAUGGUGAGGGCCUGACCUCAGUCAGACCCGCGGAGGUCACCAUCGACGUUUUGCGCAGCGCUCAGGCUCCAGCUGUGUUCCAGAGGUCACGCUACUCCUUCACAGUGGUGGAGGACGCGCCGCCGGGGACCUCUGUUGGGACGGUGGAGGCCAUGAACCCAGCAGACUCUCGGGAGUCAGUGUCCUACAGAAUCUCGUCCGGAGACCCUCAGGGUUUGUUCUCCGUUCAUCCGAAGUCCGGCCUGAUCAGCAACGUCAAACCUCUGGACCACGAGUCGCAGCCGUACGCUCUGCUGGUCCUUCAGUCCUACACCGACGCCUCUCCGGUCUACAGCACCACGCAGGUCAACAUCACCAUCGCCGACAUCAACGACAACGUUCCGGUUUUCCCCAAACUCAGCGACGCCAUCACGGUGUCUCAGAACACGCUCCCGGGAACAGUGCUGUUCAUCGCUCACGCACACGACUGUGACAGCGGCGCCAACGGGAGGGUGCAGUACUACCUGAAGAGCACCAGAAACAGCACGUUUGUCAUCGACCAGAACCUCGGGACCGUCACUUUGAAUCAGAGUUUACAGGCGGACCAUCAGCAGAGGUACAGCCUGGAGAUCGUGGCUAAAGAUGAAGGAGAGCCUUCGCAGAGCUCCACGCUGACCCUCACUGUCAACGUGGACCGCACCGCUGCUGAAGACAGCCUGGCCUUCGAGACUUUAGUCUACCAGGUGGAGAUCGGUGAGGGCUACAGGAAGGAUUCGAGGGUGAUCCAGGUGAGGGCGCACCGGAGCCGAGGCGCCCACGUGUCCAACUCGGGCCUCACCUACUCCUUGGAGGCCGAAGACGGAUUUCCUCCCGCUCCUUUCCGGGUUCACCCAGAGACGGGAUGGUUGUAUCUCUCCCGCAGUCUGGACUACGAGGCAGAGUCCAGGUUUCGCUUCCGGGUGGUGGCCACAUCCAGGGAGGCGUCGCUGGCCAACAUCACAGCCACAGCCACAGUGACCGCGCUGGUGCUGGACAUCAAUGAUAACGCCCCGGCGUUCAGCAGCGAGGUUUACUACUUCACUGUGUCGGAGGGCUCGUCGCCUCGAGGCCUGGUGGGAACGGUCACGGCCACAGAUAAGGACUCCGGGAAAAACGCCCAGCUGUCCUACAUCCUGCUCACAGAUGGGAAGUUCUUUCGCAUCAACACUAAAACAGGUGAAAUCAUCAACUGGGUGGCGCUGGACCGGGAGCAGCACAGCCAGCACAGCCUGAAGGUGAUGGUGACGGACCAGGGCCACCCUCGUCUGAACGCCACCGCCACCGUUCACAUCCUGGUGACCGACAUCAACGACAACACUCCGCAGUUCACCCACCUACCUGCCAGCAAGGAGCUCAGCAUUCAGGUCUGGGCUGGUCUACCAGCAGGAUCCUUAGUGACAAACAUGUUUGCCAAAGAUUUAGAUGCGGGAGAGAAUGGGACAGUCAUCUUCUCGAUGGUCACAGUCGGUUUAGAGGCGGAGCGUCGCCGACACUUUGAGAUCGACAGUGAGAGCGGAGACAUCCGAACAACGGAGCUGUUCACCCAGAACCCUGAACCGUUUUACACUCUGAGAGUGAAAGCAAAGGACAGCGGAGCUUCACCUCUGGAGGACACGGCAGUCAUUCAUGUACAGGUUCAUGGAUUGGAGUCUCUGUACGGCCGCUCUGACCAUCAGCUUCUGAGGCGUUUUACUGUGAAGGAGGACACGGAGCCGGCGACUGUCAUCGGCUCUGCCAGUGUGGCAGACAGAGGCAGACUCCAUUAUUCCAUCUCUGAGGGCGACGGCAGCAUUCACUUCGGCAUCGACAGCUCCUCCGGUGACAUAUACAUCAACCAGCCGCUGGACUACGAGUCGGCCAAGCAGUACUUCCUCCUGGUCCGGGCUGAGGAUGCUGCAAUGGUUCCUGGAGUGAACAUGUCGGUGCUGGUCAGUGUGAUGGUGGAGGACGUCAACGACCACACGCCCUGGUUCCCCGAUAAACUGGUGACGUUCGGUCUGCCGGAGGACGCGGCGGUCGCAUCGCUGGCGUUCGCUUUCCAUGCCAGAGAUGCUGAUGGGACCUUUCCUAACAGCGCCCUCCGCUAUUCUCUGACCUUUGACCCCGAGCUCAGCGCCUCCUCACCACGCUUCCCCUUUCAGAUCAACCCUUACACGGGGAGCCUGACUGUAGCUGCGCCUUUAGACCGGGAGACCAGACCCAGCUUUGCCUUCACUGUCACGGCCACCGACCAGGCGAAGAGGAAGGAGGAGCGCAAACAGACGUCGGUGACGGCUCAGGUCUUCCUGCUGGACGUGAACGAUAACCGGCCGGUGUUCAUAUCAGCCGACUCGGCUCAGGUGAUGGAGGACGCAGAGGUGGGGAGUCUGCUGCAUCGUUUUGUGGCCAUAGAUGGAGAUCUGGGUGAAAAUGGGGUCAUCUCUUAUGUCAUCAUGGCUGGAAACAAGAACAGGUUCUUCACACUCGAAGAGAAAACAGGCCUCCUGUUUCUCUCCGCCCCUCUGGACUACGAGACCCAACGUUUACACCGGCUGACCGUCCGUGCUGUGGACCACGGCCUGCCCUCGCUCUCCUCCACCCAGACUCUGACGGUGGAGGUCGGCGACGUGAACGACCAGUUGCCGGUCUUCAGUCGGAGCAUCUACAACGCUAGUGUGGCGGAGAACAGAGACCCCGGGGAGCCAGUGAUCAGGGUGUCUGCCACUGACGCCGAUUCAGAGGAGAACGCCGUGGUGUGGUACAGUCUGCUGCCCGGCCCCGGCUACGAGCUCUUCAGCAUCAACCCGUACACCGGCCUGAUCACCACCACCUCCUACCUGGACAGAGAGCAGCAGCAGCACUUCACCCUCAGAGUCCAGGCUCGUGACAGCAGCACGCGGCCUCUGUCGGGGACGGCCACAGUGCUGUGCUCUGUGCUGGACGACAAUGACAACCCUCCAGAGUUCAUGCAGUCGUCCUUCCAGAUCAGCCUGCCAGAAAACCUGCCUCCCGGAGUCGUCCACACGGCUCAGGCCUCCGACCCCGACCACGGAGAGAAUGGAACUAUACACUACUCCAUAUUAGGUGAGGACUACAGAGGUCGCUUUACCAUCAACAGCCACACAGGUGUUGUCAGCACCACUCAGGUCCUGGACCGCGAGGAAAGGCAGAAUUACACCCUCACCAUACAGGCCCGUGACUAUGGCCCCACCCCGCUCAGCUCCUCCACCCAGCUCCAGCUGCUGCUGCUGGACCAGAACGACAACAUCCCCUCCUUCACCCGUAAGAGCUACCACGCCUCCAUCAGCGAGGGCCUACCUGCGGGAGCCGAAGUCCUGCGCGUCAGCGCCUCUGAUCCUGACGAGGGCUCCAACGGGGACGUGACCUACUCUCUGACAGAGGACAGCAGCCAGGGGGCCUUCUCCAUAGACGCUGUCACAGGAGUGAUCAGCACCACCAGGACUCUGGACAGAGAGAGCAGGGCUCAGUACACCCUCCGAGCCGUGGCCACUGACGGCUGCACUCAGGGACCGCUGAGCUCUGUGGCGUCGGUGACCGUACAGGUGGAGGACGUGAACGACAACGUGCCGGUUUGUGACCAGAAUCCCCUCAAUGCGUGGGUCUCCAUGAGGACGCUACCAAACCAGAUCAUUACCACAGUGAUGGCAACGGACGGUGACCAGGGUGAGAACGGGACGAUGCGGUUCACGCUGACGGACGAGGAAAAUCUGUUCGACAUCAACAGCGAGACAGGAGAGAUUUCACUGAGAAGGCGCGUGAGAGCCGGUUUCUCCGGGAGGAAGCUGCAGGUGGUGGUUUCAGACCGAGGACGUCCCGCUUUGACCUCCACCUGCCUGUUUUUCAUCCACCUGAAGGGAGAGCACGAAGGGCUACAGUUCACAAACAAGGUCUACAACGCUACUGUCAAGGAGAACAGCAGGGCCGGCACUUGGAUCGCUAAAGUGGAGGCCACUGACCAGAACAACAGCAGACAAAGGAUCACAUACACCAUAUUCAGUGGCAACGAUGAUCGCAUUUUUUCCAUCAAUCGUCACACCGGUGAGAUCCGUGUGCAGAAAGAUAACUCUCUGGACUUCGAGGAGAGCCCUCAGAUCCAGCUGGUGGUUCUGGCUGACAGCGGGCUGCAGACGGCUCACUGCCGGGUCUCCAUCAGCCUGCUGGACGUGAACGACAACGCGCCGGUGUUCGAGCACAGCGGCUACAGAACUGCUGUCUGGGAGGGGCAAGCGCACAACACCUACAUUAUGCAGGUGUUUGCGUCGGAUGCUGACAGCGGGAUGAACGGGCAGAUCGAGUUCUCCAUCGUGUCCGGUAACCCUAACGAAGCGUUUAUUUUAGACUCUGUUCGAGGGAUUCUCGCCACCAAUGUUGUACUGGACCGCGAGAUCACCCACUCAUACAAGCUGGUUCUGCAGGCAGCAGACAGGGGGAACCCUCCACUCAGCAGCACCGCCACCGUCAGGGUCCAGGUGGUGGAUGUCAAUGACAACAGCCCCGCCAUCCCCCCCAUGGAGCCUGUGGUUAUAGCAGAGAAUUUGCCUGCAGGUUACAUGGUCACCCAGGUGACCGCGAACGACGUGGACCUGAGCUCCACCAUCACCUACAGCUUUUCAGACAACAGCAGCACCAACGUUCCCUUUGCCAUCGACCGGUACACCGGUGUAGUUACCUUGACUCGAGCCCUCGACUAUGAGGAGCAGAUGGAGUACGUGCUGACAGUCUGGGCGUCCGACUCCCUCCACCAGACCAGCGGAGAGGUCAGAGUUCAAGUGCUUGAUGUCAAUGACAACGCUCCAGUCUUCACCGAGGUCUCCUACCAGGUGGAGAUGUCAGAGUUGGCUUCAGCAGACACAUUAGUUCUGUCAGUGUCCGCUAUCGACAGAGACUCUGGGCCGAAUGGCAAGAUCACGUACAGACUGCUUUCAUCUCCUUUACAAGGCUUCUACAUCGAGCCAGACGACGGGUCUGUUUUCACCAAUAAGCCCUUGAAGGCCAUCACCAACAGCAACCUGAUUCAUCUCCUGGUUGAGGCCAAAGACGAAGGCGAUCCCGUGCUGUCUGCUGUCACCGCCAUCGAUGUGCUGAUUCUGGACUCCAAUGAUCAUUCACCUGUGUUCCACCAGGACAUCUACACGCUCACCGUCCCGGAGGACACACCCACAGACAUCACCUUACUGACACUGUCUGCAGAGGACCAAGACUGGAGCCCUGAAAACACCCAUCUGGACUAUGCCAUCAUCGGGGGAAAUGAGGAGAAGAGAUUCUGCCUGGAAGUAAAAAUGGUUCAGGUUGAGAAUCAGAUGAGAAAUGUUGGAAAACUUGUUCUGUGUAACCCUUUAGACCGUGAGACCACCGAGAGCUACGCACUGACAGUGAGUGUGUCCGAUCGAGGAACGCCUCCACUUAACAGCUCUGCUGUUGUUAUGGUGACUGUCACAGACUGCAAUGACAACGCUCCCGUCUUUUCCAGCACAGAAUAUCACGCACAGGUGAGUGAAAACAGCUAUGUAGGUACCAGGCUGGUGCAGGUCACGGCUCAGGAUCCUGAUCUGGGAACUAACGGCCUGUUGCGGUAUGACAUUAUCUCGGGGAACAGCAAAGGUCACCACAGGCUGGACCGUCAGACCGGCCUCCUGGUCGUCAACCACUCGCUUGACUUUGAGGAGGACUCAAAAUACACCCUCACCAUCCGGGCAUCAGAUGGUGGCGAAUCAUCUGAAGAGCGUAAGGUGGCUUUUGCAGUGGUCUUCAUCACAGUGUUGGACGAAAAUGACAACACUCCAUACUUCAUGUUCCCGACUGUCAACUGCUCGGUGCUUGAGAACCUCCCAGCGUUUACCCACACCUGUUCUGUCCACGCUGUUGACAACGACUUAGGCCUCUAUGGACAGCUCACCUACUCUAUUUUGUCCUCCUGCUUCAUGGACUACGGCAGCGGCAGCCCCGAGAAGAAGGAGGCCUUUGCUAUCGACCCCCUUACAGGCGACAUUCACACACGACAGACCUUUGAUUACGAACUUGAGAAUGAAUACUGCUUUGUAGUGGAGGCCAGGGACAAAGGCGACAAAGCAGCUACAGUGAGAGUGCAGGUGACCAUCAAGGGUGUGGAUGAGUUCAGUCCCAUCUUCAACCAAAAGCAGUACCGCUUCCUCCUGCCAGAGAAUGCCAAACGUGGAGAUACAGUCGGCUAUGUUAUGGCGAUGGACCAUGAUGCAGGGAUGGACGGUCUGGUGGAGUACUCCAUUGUGAAUCCAUCGCCGUUUUUCUCAAUAAACAAAACAAUUGGGACCAUUUUUGUGUCAGAACCUGUAUACCGCAGAAGAGGCAGCCAUGCCAGCGAGGACAUGGUGAAGCUGGUAGUGUCCGCAGGUAGUCCUAAAAUGGCCUCCAAGACCAGCAACUGCCUAGUUUUCAUCAAUAUCUCCAGCUCAGCAGAGGCGCUCACUGGGGUCCCUCUUACCGCACACAUGCUCAGUUUGAGCGUUUCACUAAUCAUGUUCCUAGUUGUCCUCCUAUUUUUUGUGGCCGUGGUUCUCAGGUACAAGAUCAAGGAAGCGGCAAUCAAAAAGGCUGCUGCCAUUGCCGCAAACUUGAACCACGGCACAGGCUCGUUUGGUAGAUCCAGUGGCCAAAGGCAAAGUGGAAUCUCUCUAAAACAGAUGAAACGGCCUGGCGUCUUGGUGACCACGAGAGACUUGAUGAACUCAUACAAUCAGUCAGAUUCAAGUGGCCGUGGAUCAGCAGAAGGUGAGACCGCUGAGGACCAGGAGAUCAAGUGGAUUAAUGAGUACCCCUGCCGUAAAAGAGACGAACCAGUGCAAGACAACCUGACUACUGAGAUCCCACAUUCUUCUUUACCAGGGGACAGUACCUCCUGCCGCUCUAUCGAUGUAGGGCCAGAGCACAUUAUGUCUGUCAAUAAAUGUUUAAUCUCAGGGAUGGCCAGCACAGAAAGCCUCCACCACUUCAAAGAAGAGGGAGGAGGUGAGGGACUACUUCCUGCAAUACUUAGAGUGAGGGAUUUGGAGGAGAGCAUGAGGACAAAGGGGUAUGCUCCCCUCCCGGACGCCCAGGCAGCUCCAGAUUCUCUCUCCUCACUGAUGUGUCCCGAGGAGCAGCUGCAGGGCAGCUACAACUGGGAAUACAUUUUGGACUGGGAGCCGAGCUACCAAUCUCUAGCCUCCGUCUUCACUGAUAUUGGGAUGCUCCCUGAUGAGGAGCUUGAGGGUGGCCAUGAGGACUUGGCAGUAGAGGCAAGUUGUCUCAUGCACCCACCGCCUCUUAUAACAGGAGUGGCUCAGCCUGGCAUCAGAACUGUGCCUCCGCGAAAGCCGGGGCGUGUACCAAACCUGAGCAGAAGGCACUCCUCCCGCAGAUAUGCAUAUUCCCCCUUAGCGAGGAACACAGGACUUACCCCGUCAGCCAUGACGCCUAGUUUCUCCCCUUCACUUUCUUCUCUUACCAUUAAGACCCCCAGUGCCUCACCAGUUGUCUCUGAGACCGGGAUAGGGGGUAUAAGACUCGACUCAGGGCCCCUCACUGCAAGCCUGUUGGAGGCAGAAAUCCAGGUGUAGACAUGAACUUUGAACACAUUUAAUUCCAUCUUUCAUUUAACAUCUGAAGGCAUUUCCUCAUGUAUUUUAAGGGACUUUGAAGCCUUGUUUUCCACUGAAGUACUCUUUGCAUAACACAAAUCGCAAGAAGUGAUUUGUGUUUCCAGAGUGUAGCAGAACUACAGUCCAUCAGGGCAACUGCAACACAUAUGGUUUUCAUUUCUCACUACCAUUCAACCUAACCUGUCUUCCUCUUAAAUUUAACAUCAGAAUGAUGCAUAACAUAAAACUUCGGCUCGGACAACAUGGGGAAAAUAUGGCAUCAGCAACAUUUCAAGUAGCCACUUACUUGAAGCGUGCAAGUCAUUGACUUUUCCUGAGCAUGUGAAAAUGCAGCAGGUAGAUGAGAAACUCUGGUUGUUCUGACUGACCAGUGGUGUGCAAUGUUUUAACUCCACCUUGUAGCAUUUGACCAGUGUGGUAGAUAUGCCAGUAGAGUGUAUCUUUUGCUACCAUUCAAAACAUUUCAUCAUAGAAGCACAAAAAUAACCACACUAAUGUGUUUAUGAUUGAACAGACUGCUUUGUGGAAACAAGGCUUAAGUGGCACAGUUGAGUUUUGAGUUUUAUAUAUGUAUGAAAAGGAUCAUAUCAAACUUAUUUUCAGAUAGAACUAUAAAGUCCUGGACUUAUUUCCAUUGUCGUCCCUGUUGCUAUGGUAAUAGACUCAUGAGAGCCGUGAGUUUAGUCUCAAUGGGCCGAUACCGGGCAAACUUGUCAUUUGAACAUAAUGUAGUCAUUUAAUUACUUAGAUUGAGGUUGAUUUCAUAACCGGCUUCUGUAAUAAAACUAAUAUCUGGAAAAACCUGGACUCGGUCUUGCAUUAUAUUCUUAUAAUGCAGCACUUGAAUAAGAGCAGAUGUUCAAGUAUGCAAUUAAUUAUCGAGUGCUUUAUUGUAAACAUGUUUAUAUGUGCAGAAAAUGAAACACUUUCUUAUUGCUGUUGGUUGCAGCUUCUAGAUGGAAAGUUUUCAAGGCUGGUUUAACUUUAAUAUCCAAAGAAAGGCAACAUUGUUCUGUGGUUAGGUCUGUCUUCCUGGAAUCAUAAAAAAACUGUGUUUUGAAUACAGACCCAUAUUGCCUCCCUCUUCUUUAAUAUAUUCUGCCAAUAAAAUGCCAAUAAAAUCCCGUGGAGAGCAGCACUCCGAAAAUCUAGGACAGUUCUUAAUAUCUUUAUAAUUUUGUUCACCCUUUGAAAGCUCGAUAAGUGGCAAGGCUUAUGGAGACAUCAUCCAAAUAUCACAGAAAUAUGGGGGAUUUUUCACUGACACUAAUUUUGUACAGAUUUAAGAGAUGGUAUUGUGUUCUGCCGCUGUCACUGAUCAGCAUGUUGGCGAGAUUUUCAUAAACCAGUUCCAGGUUCUGACAGCCUUGAUUUUGACUCAUGAACAGAAAUCGUCUCUUCCUUCAUGAUUGUUUCUGUGUGUGCUGACUGUAAAUUAUGGACACCCUGUUAAUAAACAGCACUUUAUGUACA